GCACAUGAUAUUGCUAUUCGUGGACAAUAUGAAAGUAAUAUGACAACAAAGCAAAUUAUGCAUAACUUGCUUGCCCCCAUUAAUAAUGCACCUAAAAAUGAAUUAAAGGAAAUAUUGGAUAACAAAAAAUUCGCAUGUAAUGAAACAAAAAUUCAUCAUUUGUUAGAACAUGAUACUUGUCGCCUUAGAGAUAACAUUGGUCAAUGGACUCGACUUCAUCAACUUGAAAAUGAUUAUAAGCAUUAUUAUCAGCUUACCUUAAGUGAUGAAAUAUGGUUGCAGCAGGCUCGAGAUUGUGGUUCAUUUUGCUUUGGUAUAGAUGGAAAGUAUGAUUUAAAUAAUGACCGUGCACCAAUUCUAGUUUUUACAGUUGAGGAUCAAGCUGGUUAUGGUUCACCAAUAGCAAUUGGACUUUCAAAUAAAGAAAAUAAAUUUAUAAUUCAAAGUCAACGCAGCAAUACAAAAACAGUAGCAGAUUUUGUUGAAAAUCUUUAUGGUAUUCAAAAAAUACGUUCUACACUAUCUGAAGAGAAUUCAGGUCAAUUAAAUUUUCAUACUGGUCUUGUAACAUAUUGGAAUGCUCGUACACUAGAUCAUGAAAAUGAAGAGUAUCACUUUGCAAUUGACAAGAAACGACGAUUAAAUCAGGAGAGAUAUUAUGUACUUUGUGGAUGGAUUAAAAAUAUUGAAAAUUCUAAUUAUUUUUAUGUUAAGAAAGGAAAUAACUCAUUUUGUUCACUAUAUAAUUCAGCACCAAUAAAAAUUAAUCGUGAAAUUCAAUUAGAAAUUGAUAAAAUGGUUGGAAAACUUGCUUCAAAGCAUAAUAUAGAAAUUCCAUCACAAUAUUAUUUAUGGCAAUUAGCAGAAAAAGAUCCUUUUAGACCACUUGAAUUAUCUGAGCGCAAUACUAUGACAUAUGGAUCUCCCAAAAUACAUGGAGCAAAAAAACGCAACCCAAUUAACUCUACAAGUGGGCUUUCAACAAUAUCAGCACCAAUAGUCGAUACUGCAUUACUCUCUAAAACAUAUUCAACAUCAACACCAAUAAUCGAUCCUACGUUGCUCUCUGAAGCUUAUCCAACAUUAGAAAUGCAUUUAGAACAUUAUGAGGAGAAUUUUAAUAGUUUAAAUGAACAGCAAAUACAGAAAGAGAUUCUACCGCUUCAAGAAAAAUAUGUACAUUCAAAUACUUCAAAUUCUCAAACUAUUCAAGCAACACUUCCUCAUUCUAUUCAACGUAGAAAUACUACAAGAAUUCGUAAUCUAAAACGUGGUACACAAGAGAAUAUAGAAAAUAUCAAUUUAGUGAAUUUGCCUCAAAAACGUAAGCAUGUAAAUGAUACUCAAGAAACAUUAGAGGCAAUAUUUCUUGAGCAAGGCAUAACUUGGAAACCACGUGCAUUUACUAAUUUCUGCAUUAGCAAGAAUAUUCAUUUAGCUGAUGAUCCUGUAGUAAAUGAUAGGCUAAUUUAUAGUUGGAUUAGUAGAC